GCAGGUUUGCUGCACCGUAUCGUGCGGUUAUUUGUGAGAAGUGAAGACGUGAAACGGUCGAUUUCGGAGCGCGAUAUUUUGGAGGUGUCGCUCCCCCCCUCCUCCCUCCGCUUCUCUCCUGUACUGUUGUGCCGCUCUUCCUGUCCAGACAUCUCGGGCCUUUUGUUAGCAGCAGGAGGACCUGUAGCUUAGCACAUAGCCGGCUGUCCAGGCUCUGGUGGAAUGAGCGUAGCGUGCGUGUUGAAGAGAAAAGCUGUGCUCUGGCAGGAUUCGUUCAGCCCCCACCUCAGACUGCCUCCCCCUGACAGGCCAUUACCCAAUAUGCCUGUGGUGCUGAGUCCCGUGGGCCACGCCCCUCAACCCGGUCCUGCUCCACAAGCUCCUCCCCCUACCCAAGGGGCAGGGCGUUCUCAAGACGAUGCCAUGGUAGAUUACUUCUUUCAGCGGCAGCAUGGUGAUCAACCAGGGUACAACAACGGCAAACACCGCUGGCCUACUGGAGAUAACAUCCAUGCUGAUAACCAGGUGCGGUCAAUGGAUGAGCUAAACCAUGAUUUUCAGGCACUUGCCCUGGAGGGAAGAGUCAUGGGAGAGCAGCUCCUCACAGGAAAGAAAUUUUGGGGAACUGAUGAUUCAGGGAAAGAUGGACCAAAAGGGAUCUUUCUGGACCAGUGGAGAGACAGUGCCUGGGGAGCCUCUGACCAUUCAGUGUCCCAGCCAAUCAUGGUGCAGCGUCGACCAGGUCAGGGUUUCCAUGGCGUUGGCGAGGCGGGGUCUGUGCUUUCUCCUCGUUCUGAGAGUGGUGGUCUAGGUGUCUCUAUGGUGGAAUAUGUCCUGAGCUCGUCCCCUGCUGAGAAACUCGACUCUUGUCUACGUAAAGGAGCCUUUGGGGCAAGAGAUACUGAAGCUGAUGAUGCUGAAAAGAGAGCAGAAGCAAAACCAAAAACCACAUUUGACCCAGAGAGAAAAGAACUGAAGGAAUCUGAGCCUGAUCCUAUGGACAACCCUAAUGGACUGCCCAGUCAGAACGGGCUUGACGUUGAUGUGAAAGAUUUCAGCCGUACUCCUGGUAACUGUCCUCUUGCUGGUCCUGAGGUGGAGUUGGGUGUAGCUGAAAUGGCUGGAGGAACAGGACCAAAACCAGCCGAAGAGUUCCCAAAUGUUGAGCCCCAAAACGUGACCCUUGACCCCAUGGAAUCCGUUUCCAUGGAGACUUUGCAAUUUGAUUAUACUGGUAGCCAGCUGCCUCUUGACUCCACGGCAGCUACUGUUGGCCUUUUUGAUUACAACUCUCCUCAGCAGCUGUUUCAGAGGCCCAGUGCUCUGGCUGUGCAGCAGCUCACAGCUGCACAGCAGCAGCAGUAUGCCAUUGCUGCAGCCCAGCAGCCACACAUCGGAUUGGCUCCAGCUGCAUUUAUGCCGAAUCCUUACAUCAUUAGUGCGGCCCCACCUGGCACAGACCCCUAUGCUGCCGGCCUUGCUGCUGCCGCCACUCUUGGUCCAGUGAUGCCCCCUCAGUAUUAUGGAGUAACUCCAUGGGGUGUGUAUCCAGCCAACCUUUUCCAGCAGCAGGCUCCUGCCCCCUCCAACUCUGCCAAUCAGCAGCCAGCAGCACAGACUCAGCAGAACCAACAGCAGGUAAUGCGUACUGGAGGUAACCAGCGACCCCUGACACCAAGCCAGGGUCAGCAGGGCCAGCAGACAGACCAGCUUGUAGCAGCUGCAGCAGUGAACUCCGCUUUGGCGUUUGGACAAGGCUUGGCAGCCGGUGUUCCUGGCUACCCUGUGCUUGCUCCAGCUGCAUAUUAUGAUCAGACUGGAGCUCUGGUGGUGAAUACAGGAGCUCGCAGUGGCCCUGUCCGACUCAUGGCCCCUGCUUCUGUCAUCAUCAGCCCCACUGCCGCUGUGGCUGCAGCUGCUGCCUCUGCCAGUGGAGCUAAUGCAGGCCUUGGAGGUGCUGCCAACGGGGCAUUUCGUGCACUGGGUUCCCAGCAGGCUCCAGGUCAGCAGGGAGCUGGGGCUCUUGGUGGAAGUUCCUUCUAUGGGAGUGGCUCUCCAAGCUCCUCCUCGCAGAGCUCAUCCCUGUUCUCUCAGGGUUCUGCCCAACCAGGAAGCUCCUCUCUUGGAUUCAAUGCUAACCCGUCCUCAUCCCUUGGAGCUACACUGGGAGCAACGCUUGGAGGUUUUGGAACAGCAGUUGCUAACUCGAGUUCCAGUGGCUCUCGCCGGGACUCUCUGACUGGCAGUUCUGACUUGUACAAGCGUACCCCCAGCAGCCUCACUCCAAUUGGCCAUGGAGGGUUCUACAACGGACUUGGUUUUAGCUCCUCCCCUGGCCCUGUUGGCAUGCCGCUUCCCACUCAAGCUCCCUCACAUUCUCUGACUCCUCCACCUUCCCUUUCAACCCAUGGAUCCUCCAGCAGUCUCAAUCUUGGGGGGUUAACCAAUGGCAGCGGACGCUUCAUUUCUGCUGCUCCUGGAGCUGAGGCAAAGUACCGCAGUGCCACUACUGGCUCCUCCCUCUUCAGCCCCAGCAGCCAGCUUUUCCCAUCACGACUUCGUUACAGCAUGUCUGAUGUGAUGCCAUCUGGACGCAGCCGCCUGCUCGAGGACUUCCGCAACAACCGUUACCCAAACCUCCAACUGCGUGAGAUUGCAGGCCAUGUGAUGGAGUUCUCUCAGGACCAGCAUGGCUCCAGAUUUAUUCAGUUGAAGUUGGAAAGAGCAAGUUCGGCAGAGCGUCAGCUGGUCUUCAGUGAGAUUCUACAGGCUGCCUACCAACUCAUGGUUGAUGUUUUUGGAAAUUAUGUCAUUCAGAAGUUCUUUGAGUUUGGCAGUCUGGAUCAGAAGUUGGCUCUUGCUGAACGGAUUCGUGGCCACGUGCUAUCUCUGGCUCUGCAGAUGUAUGGAUGCAGAGUGAUCCAGAAAGCUCUGGAGUUCAUACCCUCUGACCAGCAAGUCAUUAGUGAUAUGGUACGGGAGUUGGACGGCCACGUGCUGAAGUGUGUGAAGGAUCAGAACGGGAACCAUGUCGUACAAAAGUGUAUUGAGUGUGUGCAGCCCCAUGCUCUCCAGUUCAUCAUCGAUGCUUUCAAGGGACAGGUGUUUGCUCUGUCCACACACCCCUAUGGCUGCAGAGUGAUCCAGCGUAUUUUGGAGCACUGUCUUCCUGAGCAGACACUGCCAAUUCUGGAAGAGCUGCACCAGCACACUGAGCAACUGGUUCAAGAUCAGUAUGGCAACUAUGUAAUUCAGCAUGUCCUGGAACAUGGUCGCGCAGAAGACAAGAGCAAGAUCGUCUCUGAGAUCAGAGGAAAUGUUUUGGGACUCAGCCAGCACAAGUUUGCCAGUAAUGUGGUGGAGAAGUGUGUGACACACUCGCUGCGUGCGGAACGGGCCAUGCUGAUUGAUGAAGUGUGCAGUAUGGCGGACGGGCCCCACAGUGCCUUAUACACCAUGAUGAAGGACCAGUACGCCAACUACGUUGUGCAAAAAAUGAUUGACGUGGCAGAGCCAACACAGCGCAAGAUUGUCAUGCACAAGAUCCGGCCUCAUAUUGGAACCCUGCGGAAGUACACAUACGGGAAGCACAUUCUGGCCAAGCUGGAGAAGUACUACAUGAAGAAUGGAGUAGACCUGGGUCCACUUUGUGCUCCGCCCAACGGCAUCAUGUAAAUCCUUCCUCUUGUUGAAUUGAGGAGUGUGUCCAUACCCAGUUUUGAGCUGUUGGUCUGGGAUCAUUUGUAAAUCCUACUCUAGUUUUGCUGAAUGCUCUUCUCUCUCUCUCUCUCUCUCUCUCUCUCUCUCUCUCUCUCUCUCUCCAGGUCCUUGUGAGCUUGUUCUUGUUAUCUUUAUUCACCUAGUCCCUUUC